CAUUGACUGAUUUUCUUGCGAGGACCACUUGACGUUCCAUCCAAACACGACCGUGCUGUACAAUUGCAUGUCACGAGUCAUCUUCAAUCAAAUCCCCUCGGAAGUGCCAUCCGUCAUCCUGGCCGCCCCGCGCAUCGCUCGCCAUUUUCGAGCCCCACCAAGGCUCGUCAUUCCAUUUUCUCCCAAGCUGGCGCCCCCUCAUGAACGACUCGCGCUGCUUUCUCGUCACUUCUCCUCCCAACCUCCCACCCAACUGACCGCCUCUCCCGACCGCAACUGGAAAUCCGCUUCUCGAAACACGCCCCAAAUCGUCACCGACCAGAGACGAACCCUCGGCGCCCAAACGUCCCCCCUGCAAAAACAAAUCGAAAUGGCCGAACCCGCUCCCAAUGGCGCUGCCACCGCCUCCCAGCAGCCGCCCCAUCCCGCCAUCCUCAUCCCCGGCCCCGUCGAGUUCUCCGAUGAGGUGCUGCAGAGCAUGUCGCACUACAGCGAAUCCCACGUCGGCCAGCCCUUCGUCAACGUCUUCGGCGACGUGCUCGCCCAGCUGCGCAAACUCUUCCAAACCACCAACCCCAAGAGCCAACCGAUCGUCAUCUCCGGCUCCGGCACUCUAGGCUGGGACCAAGUCGCGGCCAACGUCACCGAGCCCGGCGACGAGGCAUUGGUCCUGCACACCGGCUACUUUGCCGACAGCUUCGCCGACUGCUUCGAGACGUACGGCGUCAAGGCGACGCAGCUCAAGGCGCCCAUUGGCGACCGGCCGCAGCUGGAUGCGGUGGAGAAGGCGCUGAAAGAGAAGAAGUACAAGGUCAUCACCAUCACCCACACCGACACCUCCACCGGCGUCCUCUCCGAAAUCGAAGCCGUCGCCAAGCUGGUGCGGAAAGUGAGCCCUGACACUCUCAUCAUCAUCGACGGCGUAUGCAGCGUUGGCUGCGAGGAAAUCCGUUUCGACGAUUGGGAUCUCGAUGUCGUCUUGUCCGCCUCGCAGAAAGCCAUCGGCUGUCCAGCCGGUCUGUCUAUCCUCAUGGUAUCCGGUCGUGCGAUAGAAGCAUUUGAAAAGCGAACACAUCCCCCCGGCAGCUACUUUGCCAGCUGGAAGAACUGGCUCCCCAUCCUCCGGAACUACGAGGCCAAGAAACCCUCCUACUUCGCCACCCCGUCGCCCCAGCUGAUCCACGCGCUGCACACCUCCCUCAACCAAAUCCUCUCCAUCCCGCUGCAAGACCGCUUCAAGCGCCACAAGGAAGUGAGCCAGCACGUCAAGAAGACGGUGGAGUCGUGGGGCCUCAAACAACUCGCCACCAAGCCGGAGAACCAGGCUUCAGGCAUGACGGCCAUCUGGCUGCCGGAUGGGCUGAAGCCUACCGAUGUCCUGCCCCAUGUGCUCAAGAAGGGUGUCGUAUUUGCUGGUGGCCUGCACAAGGAGUGCGCGACGAAGUACGUGCGCUUUGGACAUAUGGGUGUGAGCGUGAUGGAUGGCAAGAAGGACGAUAUCGAGCGGGCGUUGGAUGCGCUCAAGGAGGGUCUGCAGGCGGCGGGCUGGAAGCAGCAGUAGCUGUGAUGCAGAGCGUAUAUAGCAGUACAUUACUCUGAUACAUUUAUUCCGAGGAUCAUACAGGUUUGCUCAAUGGCAUUGCAUACAUGUAUCCAUUCAUCCACCACCUUGCACGUAAGGCCCAAGCUCCACUUUCGCAGCUCACCUCCCAAACAACCCUGACAUCACCACUACACUGCCCUCAAUUCCCAAGUCAUCAACCCAAAACAAACACAUCCAAACGCCCCGCAUUCAAAAUCAACGAAAAGAAGAAGAAUCAAAAAUGCCCCUCUCGAAAAAAUACUUCAUCCUCCCCAGCCUCGCCACCCUCUUAUUCAUCUACGGCGUCACCAGCAUCCAAGCAGCGAAAUCGAACGCGCAACGGCACCGCGACGCCGACACGGGGGGCGAAGGGUUGAGUUUGCUGAAUGAGAGUCGGCGCCGGCAUGGGUUUGAGGGGCG